AUGCCUUUCCAGCCUCGUCUCAACACUGACCCGACAAACUGGAACCCCAUAGUGACUUUGCCAGCGUCAGCGUCAAGCCACAUCCCGUCAUCGUGUUCCCCAGGUCGCUCGCCCCUUCCUGGCCUCGAACAAUCGACGCCCCGUAAUAAUGAGCGCUAUUUUGGAGCGUCAUCGAGUUGUCGCCGCCAAAGCCUGGAUCCACGCAACAAGUUUGCGCCCAAGGAGUACCUGGGCAAGGAGAUUGUAGACGACUAUGCCAUUCUCAGAGACCAGUAUGAAACACCCGAAAACCCCAUUGUUCUGGCCCAUGGCCUUCUUGGCUUUGCUGAACUAAAGCUUGCCGGCUCCUUUCUGCCUUCUAUCCACUACUGGCACGGCAUCAAAGACGCACUUAGCAGGAGGAAAUGUGAGGUCAUUACCACCACCGUCCCUCCAAGCAGCUCGGUCGAGCAGCGUGCGGCCGAGCUGGCCCGUGGCAUUGAAGCCCGGGCCCAGGGAAAGAGCGUUAACAUCAUAGCACACAGCAUGGGCGGUUUGGAUGCUCGAUAUAUGAUCUCGCAGCUUAAACCCGCCGGUGUAAGGGUCAAAUCGCUCGUCACCGUCGCGACCCCCCACCAUGGCAGCACCUUCGCCGACUAUUUGAUGGAUGAAAUUGGGCCUGAACGCUUGCCCAGUCUUUACAACAUAUGGGAGCGCAUCACCGGCUUCGAGACGGGCGCUUUCAACCAGCUGACCAAAAGGUACAUGACUGAAGAUUUUAACCCCAAGACACCCGAUGACCCCGAGGUCCGUUACUUCUCGUACGGAGCCAUGGUCCAUGAGAAACCACCACUCCUCAGCCCUUUCCGCCUUUCCCACGGAAUUAUUCACGGCAUUGAGGGGCCCAAUGAUGGUCUCGUCAGUGUACAGAGCAGCCAGUGGGGCACGUACAAAGGAACGCUCUCUGGCGUGAACCAUCUUGAUCUUAUCAACUGGAGCAAUAGAUUCCGCUUCACCUUGCAAAGGUGGAUGGGCAGGCCGCCCACGUAA